AUGUCAUCUCAAAGACCCAAAUUAAUUUCGCUUGAUGCGUUUGCCAAGACGGUUGAAGAUGCCAGAAUCAAGACUGCAUCUGGUGGGAUCAUUACUUUACUUUGUAUUUUCGUUGCAUUAUUCUUGAUCCGUAAUGAAUAUAUUGAUUACACAACAGUGAUAGCUAGACCGGAACUAGUAGUUGAUCGUGAUAUCAACAAACAAUUGGAUAUAAAUUUAGAUAUUUCAUUCUUGAACCUACCUUGUGAUUUGGUUUCAAUUGACUUGUUUGAUGAAUCGGGUGAUUUAAAAUUGGAUAUCAUAAACUCACAAUUGGAAAAAUUCAGAAUUAUCAAACAAGGUCAUUCAUCAAAACCGGUGGAGAUUAAAGAUGAACAACCAGCUUUGCAACGGGAAGUACCAUUGGAACAAAUUGCCCCUGGUUUACCAGAAGGUCAAACCGAAGGUGAAUGUGGUUCUUGUUAUGGAGCAGUCCCUCAAGACAAGAAACAAUACUGUUGUAAUACUUGUGCUGCUGUACGUCGGGCUUAUGCUGAAGCCAAUUGGCAGUUUUUUGACGGAGAAAAUAUCGCACAAUGUGAACAAGAGGGCUAUGUACAACGUUUGAAACAACGUAUAGGUGAAAAUGAAGGAUGCCGCGUUAAGGGAACAGCCAAGAUUAAUCGUAUUUCCGGAACUAUGGAUUUUGCUCCUGGUGCAUCCAUGACCAAAGAUGGUCGUCAUGUUCAUGAUUUAUCGUUGUACCAGAAAUACAAGGACAAGUUCAACUUCGAUCAUGUUAUUAACCACUUAUCAUUUGGUAAUAACCCACCAGCGAGCAAAUUAGUUGAUACUGGAUCCAUCACCCCAUUAGAUGGCCACAAGUUUCUUCAGCACAAGAAAUAUCAUCUGAUUAAUUAUUUUCUCAAGAUUGUUGCUACACGUUUUGAAAGCUUAGACGGUAAGCACAAAUUUGACACUAAUCAGUUUUCGGUCAUUACCCAUGAUCGCCCCUUAGCUGGAGGUAAAGACGAGGAUCAUCAACAUACGUUACAUGCAAGAGGUGGUGUUCCUGGUGUGGCAUUCAAUUUCGAUAUAUCACCAUUAAAGAUUAUCAAUCGGGAAGAGUAUGCCAAGACGAGACUGGGGUUUAUUUUGGGUGUUGUGAGCUCGAUUGCUGGAGUGUUGAUGGUUGGAUCAUUGAUGGAUCGUAGUGUUUUCGCCGCUCAGCAAGCAAUAAAAGGUAAAAAAGAUUUAUAG